UUUAUUGGCUUUCUAUAAUUAUUAGGCACCCUUUUUGUUUUAACCUUCAUAUAUAUAAGAACUAUAUACACUCCUCUUCUCAUACUUGCCUACAUCACCAUAUACCUCACUUCUACUUCCACUUCCCAACUUUUCACACUCAAUUUUGUGUCACUUUCUAUUCUAGAUUAUGAAGUUCAAGCUUCUCAAAAGUAACUCAAGGGAGCUUUCUAAAUUCAGAAAGGUCAGAGCUAAUAAUGUUCACAAAUGUGCAAUUCUGGAACAUGUUUGCAAAUGGGUUUCAUCAUCACUCUGUUUCUCUCCAGAGAAGUCACACUCAUAUGUGCCCAAAGAUGUCCCAAAAGGCCACCUUGUUGUCUAUGUUGGUGAGGAUUGCAAGAGAUUUGUCAUCAAGGUGGGUACACUCCAUCAUCCACUCUUCAAGGCUCUGCUGGAACAUGCAGAGGAUGUGUUUGGAUUCACCAAUGAUUCUAAACUCCGCAUUCCUUGCAAUGAGAGCAUUUUCCUUGACAUUCUUCAUUGUGCCGGUGACCUUUUCCAAGAUCAGAGGCUCUUAAUAUGCUAGCUAGCAAUUUUUACAUUCUGAGCUAAUUUUCUACCAUCAUUUUCUACAUACACUUUUUGUGGCCAUUAACGGCCGCUAAGUUUUAUGACAAUUAAAAUUGUCACUAAUGUUAUGUUUUUGUAUGUUCAUAAAAAAAGUGUAUGAACACUUAUAAGUCCUUUUCAAUUCAAUA